UCCAAGAACUAGGCAACCUCCAGAUGACCACCAUGGAAUACACAUGAACUGGCUGGAAACAUACGUUAGCCACGUGACCAAAGUCAUGGAUGAUGCUGCAAUCCUCAAGAAAAGAGGCUACAUUAUGGGAGGCAAUUUAGGAGAAGGCUCUUACGCCAAGGUGAAAUCGGCCUAUUCCGAACGACUGAAGUUCGAUGUUGCUGUAAAAAUCAUAGACCGGAAAAAGGCUCCUCAGGACUUUCUGGAGAAGUUUCUUCCAAGAGAAAUCGACAUCUUAGCCAAAAUGAACCACCGAUCCAUCAUAAAAACCUAUGAGAUCUUUGAAACGUCGGAUGGCAAAGUGUACAUCGUGAUGGAACUUGGCUUCCAUGGGGAUCUGCUGGAGUUUGUCAAGACCAAAGGGGCCAUGCCUGAGGAAAUUGCACGCAAGAUGUUCCGUCAGUUAUGUGCGGCCAUAAAGUAUUGUCACGAUGCCGACAUUGUCCACCGGGACUUGAAGUGUGAAAAUCUCCUUCUGGACAAAGAUUAUCACAUCAAGCUUUCGGACUUUGGCUUCGCCAAACGGUUGGCCCGUGAUGACGAGGGCAAAGUGAUCCACAGCAAAACCUUUUGUGGUUCAGCUGCUUAUGCAGCCCCAGAAGUGCUUCAGGGCAUCCCCUACGAGCCCAAGAUCUAUGAUAUAUGGAGUCUCGGCAUCAUCCUGUACAUCAUGGUUUGUGGCUCCAUGCCUUACGAUGACUCCAACAUUCGGAAAAUGUUGAAGCUCCAGAAGGAACACCGAGUACAUUUCCCCAAGUCUAAAAACCUGACUACGGAGUGCAAAGACCUGAUCUAUCGCAUGCUGCAGCCGGAUGUGACCCGACGACUGCGGAUCGAAGAGGUGAUCAACCACAUUUGGAUGCUGCCCGCCAAAUCCAGAGCUGUGUCCAUGGUGUCUGUCGCCAAGAACGGAGAGAGCUCUCGGAUGGCGGGCGUACAGAAGGCGGAGCAGAAGGCAGAUCUGGAAAGCAUUUUCAAGCCAGAGCCACCCGUCAGACUCGAAGCACUACAAGAAGCAGAGGAACUGACAGAAAAGCAAGACGACAUCAACCGACUAACGGCCCAGUUGCAGGAAGCGGAGUUCUAAUAGUCACAUGCAAGGGCAAAAUAGAGAGAGCUACAUCUAUGAUGUAAACUGAGUUUUAGUGAGGAGGAGCAAAUGUUUCCUCUUUCUUUCAGUGUCUGUCUUAUAAGUCAUUCGAAAGGCAGAAAUACAGUAUUUCUAAAUACUUACUUUUCUAUUUUUCCUUAACUCCUUUUGUGUUACUUUUAUUUUAAGAAGCAAGCUUUUAUUCUAUUUUAUUUUAUAUUAGAUAUAUAAAUAAAAGAAAGUAUAAAUGUGUGUUUGUGUACACACACGCAUACACACACACAAUUAUACUUUAUUUUACUUUAUGGAUCUCUAAAAGACUGCUAAAAAAAUUUAACUUAAGGAAGGAUCGCUUUUUAUUUUUGCUUAACUUCUACUUUGCGCUAUUUUCACUUAAGUACAUUUGCCCUGCUUUUUAUUUUCUAAAUAGGAACUACAUUUAGAGAAGUAACUACUUUUCUACUUUUUUUUUCUUUUUUACUUCAAUACCUACUUUUCCUACAGUACUUCUAAAGGCAGAAAUAAAGCAUAAAACCCCA